CUGGACUGGCUGUCAUUUAGCUUCGGUCUGCUCUGAGGAUAGAAGGACAGCGGUGAAGAAUUGCGGUGGCAGAGAAAGAAACGCCGAAAUACGAGCAGGACUGACACCACAAAACAAUGAAACCGGUAGAUGAACACAUUUCAGUGAAAGCCAAUUGAAAUAGCUACUGCUAGCUUCACUGAAAUAUAAGGAACUACCGAUGACGUAAAAUUUGUUUGAUAAAUAAGGUUAGCGGCUAGCUAGCUAGCUGGAGAGAAGGUUGUGUCAUUGAGCAGGCAGGACACGUCAAGACGGAAAAUAUUGCUAGCAAGCCACGGGGUUUAUUUUUUAUGUAACAGAAUUAUAGGGAGGCAUCACAUCUGUAGAAAUUACAUAGUAAUUCAACGCUCUGCAGUUCAUUUCUGUGGUAAAUACAGCAACGGAUCUCGUCGGGGACGUCGCUUGAAAGACAAGGGUAUAAAAAGGAAAUAAGGAAAACGGAAUAGAAUAUUGUCUGGGAAAUAUAGCUAUUGGAUAAUAUAAAUGGGGGAUUACGGGUUUGGAGUCUUAGUACAAAACAACACUGGUAACAAGUCCGCUUUCCCAGUAAGAAUUCAUCCACAUCUGCAACCUCCGCAUCAUCAUCAGAAUGCGUCUCAGAGUUCUGCGGCUUUUAUAAAUAACAACACGACGGGCACUGGCAGCAAUGGCGGGUCAGCUUGGCUGUUUCCCGCAGCAGCUACGCACAGCAACAUGCAAGACGAAAUUCUCGGGUCCGAAAAAACUAAAACCCAACAGCAGCAGCAGCAGCAGGAAACGCAAGAAGCGCAAGAAAAGCAGCAGCAGCAGCAACAGCAGCUGUCUCCCGGCCACCAGGAGAGUGGCAUGAUAUCUGAGCUUGAUAAGGCGAGGUCGGAGGAGGGGAAGGGCGAGAACGGCUCCGCGGAGAACGGCAACGGGAAGGAGAAGCUACGCAUGGAGUCCCCGGUGCUGACCGCGUUCGACUACCAGGAGACCACGGGCCUGGGCACCACUGCCCAGUCCAGCACCUCCUCCUCCUUGAGCGGCUUCAACAACUGGUCGGCUGCCAUCCCGCCGACCCCGUCCACCAUCAUAAACGAAGACGUCAGCUUCUUCAACCCCGCCGCCUCGGCCAACAACGGGCCGCUCCUCUUCCAGAAUUUCUCGCACCACGUGAGCCCGGGCUUCGGGGGCAACUUCUCCCCCCAGAUCGGGCCCCUGUCCCAGCACCACCCCCCGCACCCCCACUUCCAGCACCCCCACAACCAGCACCAACAGCACCGUCGGUCCCCCGCCAGCCCCCACCCCCCGCCCUUCCCCCACAGGAAUGCUGCUUUCAGCCAGUUGCCCCAUUUGUCGAAUAACCUGAACAAGCCCCCCUCGCCGUGGGGCAGCUACCAAAGCCCCUCCCCCACCCCCUCGUCCACGUCCUGGAGCCCCGGUGGCGGAUACGGCGGCUGGGGCGGGUCUCAGGGCCGCGAUUACCGCCGCGGGCUGAACGGCGGGGUGACGCCCCUGAACUCCAUCUCCCCGCUGAAGAAGACCUUCCCCAACAACCACGUCCCGUCGCAGAAGUACUCCCGGGCCAACGCCGGCUUCAACCCCAAGUCCUGGAUGGAGGAGGGCAUCGGCCGGAACGAGAACAUCUUCCCCUUUCAGGAGCGAACCCGAUCGUUCGACGGCUUCAACAUGCACUCGCUGGAGAACUCCCUCAUCGACAUCAUGAGGGCGGAGCAGGACACCUUGAAAGGGCGUUUGGGAUUCACACACCCCGGGGGGGACAACCCUUUGCCCAUAAACGCAAGGAAUUAUGGGAGACGACGAGGUCACUCGUCCCUGUUCCCCAUGGAGGACGGCUUCGUGGACGACGAGCGGGCCGAGCAGGUCCUGCCCGGGUUGGGCUCGCCCCACUGUUUCCCCCACCAGAACGGCGAGCGCGUGGAGCGCUACUCCCGCAAGGUCUUCGUGGGGGGCCUCCCCCCCGACAUCGACGAAGACGAGAUAACGGCCAGCUUCCGACGUUUCGGACACCUGUUCGUGGACUGGCCUCACAAAGCGGAGAGCAAAUCCUAUUUCCCCCCUAAAGGUUACGCCUUCCUCCUGUUCCAAGACGAGAGCUCCGUUCAGGCGCUGAUCGAUGCCUGCAUCGAGGAGGACGGGAAGCUGUAUCUCUGUGUGUCCAGCCCCACCAUCAAAGACAAACCGGUCCAGAUUCGCCCCUGGAAUCUGAACGACAGCGACUUUGUGAUGGACGGCUCCCAGCCCCUGGACCCCCGCAAGACCAUCUUUGUGGGAGGGGUUCCUCGCCCCCUGCGAGCAGUGGAGCUGGCCAUGAUCAUGGACAGGCUGUAUGGAGGGGUGUGCUAUGCAGGCAUCGAUACGGACCCGGAGCUGAAGUACCCUAAGGGAGCAGGGCGGGUGGCCUUCUCUAAUCAGCAGAGCUACAUAGCUGCUAUCAGCGCUCGCUUUGUGCAGCUGCAGCACGGAGAAAUCGAUAAACGGGUGGAAGUGAAGCCAUACGUCCUGGACGAUCAGCUGUGUGACGAGUGCCAGGGGACGCGGUGCGGGGGCAAGUUCGCGCCCUUCUUCUGCGCCAACGUCACCUGCCUGCAGUACUACUGUGAGUACUGCUGGGCGGCCAUCCACUCCCGGGCCGGCCGCGAGUUCCACAAGCCGCUGGUCAAGGAGGGCGGGGACCGCCCCCGCCACAUCUCCUUCCGCUGGAACUGAGCGCGUGCGGAGGGAGGGGGAAGAGAGGGCGGGCGGGCGGGCGAGAGACCCAGAGGGGAGGGAGCGAGGGAGGAAGGGGCGGAGCUAAGGGCCGGCAGUCGCAAAAACGUCAUAAAUAUAUAAUAUAUUUAAAAAAUGCACUUUUCUGUUGCUGGUUCCUUUUAGUUUUGAUUUAAAUCUUUAAAAAAAAUAAAUUUUUUAUUUAAUAUAUUUUAAAGAAGAAAAGUGAAACUGGAAUUUUUUUUUUUUUUUUUUAGAGAAGCAAAAUGCUUAGAAAGACGAAAAUUAUAUAAUCCCAUUUCUCUUUAUUUGACUCCAUUUGAUUCUUUUAUUUCUGCACAUGUAAACUUGAAUACUUUGAGUGAAGAGAUAGAUGCUUCAUCACCUGAUAUCACUGAAAACUACUCCUCCCCCCCCCCCCCCCCCUCCCCCCCACCUAAACAUUCAGUUCUAAUCCAAUUGGUUACACCCUGACUAUUUAUUUUAAAGCAUUACAUUCAGGCGUGAUCUAGACAAAAGAAAGGAUAGAAACCGUAACAGGAAGUGGGACUGUGAGGCGUUCCUGUCGAUUAGGAGCGCCCUUUCUUCUUCGUUGGGUGCAGAUUUGGAGUGAAAAUGGCAGUAUUUACCAAAGCGUGGUGGCUGCAGGAUUGAGAGAACCAGGUUCCCAGUGGCUGGGGCGUCAGGCUCGUUUGCGAGAUCAGUGUUUUCGAGCGGGGUUUAUUUUACAUUUUAUUUCAUUUAUUAUUAUUAUUAUUUUUUAAAAACAGCCUAUGGUUUUCUAAGGUCACUUGUUGGAGCGGGAAACCCCUUUUUUUUAUUUUUAUUUUUUUAUAGCAGUACGCUCUCCCAUUUUUCUCACAUGCAAAAUACCUAAUAAUACCUCAAGCUUAGCUGCUAACGUUCUGCAGGAAGUCAGGGAUGGGCCCAGCUGUCCUCUCCUGUCCCCGAACACAGUCCCAGUCCACAGGGUAAAUGACCACGCUGGCAAAAAGGUACAUUUUUUUCAGCACUGCCUCUCCACGCGCGUAUGAAUCCGCUUCAGCAGGGCCCUAAAGAGAACCCGGACUUUAGAACUGGUCAGGCUUGGGGGUUCUGAGAGCUUGCGAACGGACCGUAGGCCUGUAUU